AAUGUCGCCAAACAGCGGCUGUCUGAACACUUUUGGGUUUAUAUAGAGAGGCAUGCUGGGGGGCCCCGGAGGAGUGGACAUCACAGGCUACUUUAACUUCUCUCUGGGUGGACACACAGGACUCUCUCACUCUUUCUGCUUCACAUGCAAGACGAAGAGCGAACUGUGCUCAUCCGAUUACAUAAUGAUCCAGUAAGAGUGAGCCGGAACCGGUACUGCCAGUACCACUGUGCUGGGAGACACCGAUCGACCGCCGGGUAGUCCUCAUCCGGGCCCAUCUUCUCACAGAUUUCACGUAACUUUUCUGAGAAUUUCUUUUUUCUUUAGGAUGACAGAAACAUAGGAGGAAACUGCAAAAGGAACCAUGUGAUGCCAAAAUGAAAGGUGAUGCAGGACAUGUCUGAACUGUCAACAAGUGCAAGACCCUGAAAUUUCAACCCCCAAGACAAACAUCUGUCUUUACACAUGUGUGCUGGACAGUGAAAUUAAUUCAGUCUUUCAAAUUUCCAAGCUGUGGUCGAAGUGAACUUCUGUUUGAGUCAACAGAAAGCACCAGCCAUGACCUCAGCCACUCCUCCGUCCUCUGAAGGUUCCUCCCCUCAGAAAGUGUGCCACUCCCAGACGCAGACCGACAUCACCAAGCCUCUGCUGGGCUCCCCAGGGGCGACCGGAGGUGCUGGUGCAGGAGGAGGACCAGGAGCUGGAGGGCCCAACGCCCUGAGAAGGAGGCGGCGCGUCCUCUCCAAAGAUGGCCGAAGCAACGUACGAAUCGAGCAUGUCAGCGGCCGAGGGGCGCUGUACCUCCGCGAUCUCUGGACAACUUUCUUGGACAUGCAAUGGCGCUACAAGUUCUUCCUCUUCUCUGCCACCUUUGCCGGGACAUGGUUCCUGUUUGGGGUGCUUUGGUACCUGGUGGCCAUGGUGCACGGAGACCUGCUGGAGUUUGACCCCCCGUCCAACCAUACACCCUGCGUGAUGGAGGUGAAGACCCUGACUGGAGCCUUCCUCUUCUCUCUCGAGUCUCAAACCACCAUCGGCUACGGUUUCCGGUGCAUCACCGAGGAGUGUCCCGUAGCGAUCGUCCUCCUCAUCUUUCAGCUGGUCAUCACCAUGGUGAUGGAGAUCUUCAUCACCGGCACCUUUCUUGCAAAGGUCGCUCGUCCCAAAAAGAGAGGAGAGACGGUGAAGUUUAGCCAACAUGCUGUUGUGUCAAAUCACGAGGGGCGGCCAUGCCUCAUGAUCCGAGUGGCUAACAUGCGAAAAAGUCUGUUAUUGGGAUGCCAGGUGACGGGGAAGCUGCUUCAGACGUCCCUGACAAAGGAGGGCGAGACGGUGAGGCUGGAUCAGCGCAAUGUGCCGUUCCAGGUGGAUACGUCCAGCGACAGCCCCUUCCUGAUCAUCCCCCUGACCUUCUACCACAUCAUCGAUGACAACAGCCCCCUCAGAGCCUGGGCAGCAAAAGGUGGUGGCUGGACAGACCCAGAACUGGCUGACUUCGAGCUGCUGGUGAUCAUGAGCGCCACGGUUGAGCCGACCUCCGCUACCUGCCAAGUUCGAACAUCCUACCUUCCGGACGAGAUCCUGUGGGGCUACGAGUUCCCCCCAGUCGUCUCCCUGUCCCCGUCGGGAAAAUACGUGGCCGAUUUUGCCUUUUUUGACAAAGUGGCCAAAACCAAAACUCCUCCCCUCUUCAAGCAGGCCCUCCCACCGGGCUCCCCGUCGCAGGCGUCCCAGUUCCGGGGCGGCAAGGAGGAUGGGAAGGACCCGGAGAAGAUGCGACUGGAGGAGAGCUACAGGGGGGAGGAGAGGGGGAGGGAGAGGGGGCGAGUCAGAGAUAGCAGCCCACUCAGUGUUCGAAUUAGCAACGUGUGAGGGAGGAGGCAAGACGGCAGGAAAUGGAAAGAUGAUUUGAAACCGAGAUGAGGAAGAAAAACAAAGCAAGCUGCUAACAGAAGAAGCCGCAUUCUCAUGCAGAAACCGUUUUCCUGUUCCCACACACAGAAUAUUUUAAUCGUGGACCGCACGGCCACCUGGGCGCUCUGCCACAACACCCACUACCUGCACACAGAGGUAGAGAGGAUACUGAAGACUACUACAAGCAGCCUCAGAGGAAACAAACGUGUGCGAAUGCUCAGCACGAGGUCAAGUCUUCCACAGAGAAACUAACUGAUUCACUUUCUUUUUGGGGAAAGGACUUAAUUUACUACAAUACUGCAAAAAUCUUUAUCUGAUCGGAUCAUUUUUUUAGUCUAUCUUCUCAAAACAAGCGAUUAAAAUCAGGGCAGCAGAAAAAAUGCAACCCGAUUUUCCUGAAAGUCAUUUUAAGAAUCUUGAACAAACAGGAUUUAAAAAAACUACUCUAAAACCUGGCUUGAUUAGAUGAUUUUUGCAGUGAAGUUGAAGGUUGGAUGUGUUCGUCACUGAAUCACAGUACUGUUUUAUUUUUUCUUUUAAAUAAUUAAAAAAAAAACCUGCAACAGGUGGCAAAAAUACUGGAACC